CAUGAAGGGAGUGUGACACUUCUAGAGAAGUUGUUAUUCACACACAACUGUAAUCUGAAGUUUCAUCUAUGCUAUGUUCACAAAGUUGUCCCCAGAAUAGAUUAUCUGCUCAUGUACCUUUUUUGCUGUUAGUUUGCACCCUGGUAGGACACAAUCACACUUCUCUUCAUUACUAGAUUAACUGCAUAUCAAAAUACUUCCUUUGCUUAAAGUACAUGGGACAUGCUAAGGAUAUGAACAAUGCCAAGUAAUAUUGUUUUGCUUUCCUUUCUAAGAAAUAAAAAAGAGGUUGUUUGCCCCUAGCUUCGAAAUCUCAAACACAGGGCCACAGUCUCAGGAUAAAGAGAAUGAGAUGAAGAAAAAUCUCUUCACUUAAAGUAUGUGAAUCUUUGGAAUUAUUGCUCCAAAAGGUUGUGGAUGCUCUGUCAUUGCUUCUCAGCAUUGAAUAUAUUCAGAUUUUUCAGGCCUCAGAAUUGAUGAUAUAGGUAGGAUAAUGGAGAGUUGUGAGCAAUACACAGGAUGUAUCGAAGGACAAUUAGAGACUGCUGGAAAGCUUUAGGAGCAUGGUCCCAAGGUUGAGGAAUUUCACUUACAUGGAUGGAUUUGGGAAACUGGGCCUGUUAUUGAAAAGACAAAAUUGAGAUUUUUUUGAAUCUAGACAGAUUAAUAGGGAGAGAAUGUGCCUGUUGAUUGGGCUUAGAACUAGAGAUUACAGAUUUUAAUUUGAGAGGCAAAAGAGGUGCCAUGAGGAAAAGCUUUUUAUCAUGCAACAAGCAUUUGGAAUCUGGAUUGCACAGCCUCUAUGUUGGAAGCAGUUUCAAUUGAAACCUCGAAAGGAGAAUUGGAAAAUUUGAAGGGCCCACUGGAAAAGGGUGGGUGAAUGGUACAGGUGUGAUCUUCUUAGAGAUUGGGUGCGAGCAUAAUGGGUUAAAUAGCCUCCACUGUGCUGUAAAUUAUGAUUCCAUUCUAAACAGCCUCAGGACCCACCAGAAAAUGAGCAAUACAUAAUAAUGUAAAAUGGCAUAUUGGUAAUGUCAGUGGAUUCCUUUCAAUGUUCUUGGGAACUGGGUUCAAAUCACAUCAUGACAGAUGGUGAAACUUUAAAUUCAGCAAAAUUCGGUAUGUCAUUCAGGGAAGGAAAUCUGCAGUCCUUAGUUGUUCUCGCCUACAUGUGCCACCAGAUCUGCAGCGGUGUGAUUGACUCUGAACUGCCCUCUGAAAUGACCAAACAAGCCACUCACCUAAAGGUGAAUAAAGAUGGUCUCGUUCCCACCUGAAAGCAUUGUGUGAAUACCAUCAGGACCUGGUAUACAGUGGUUCACAAAGACUCUGCCCCACUGUCUUCGAGGUCAACUUAGGGUUGCAUGGAAUGACUCCUUUAAUGCAUGCUGCAUAUAAAGGCAAGGCUGAAAUGUGCAAGCUGCUGUUGCAACAUGGUGCAGAUGUGAACUGCAAUGAACAUGAGCAUGGAUAUACAGCCCUUAUGUUUGCUGGACUUUCAGGCAGUAAAGAGAUAACCAGGAUGAUAUUAGAAGCUGGAGCUGAAAUAGAUGUUGUAAACUCUGUAGGUCGAACAGCAGCACAGAUGGCUGCCUUUGUUGGCCAGCAUGACUGCGUAACUAUCAUCAACAAUUUCUUUUCACGUGAAAGAUUGGAUUGCUACACAAAACCACAAGGCCUUGACAAAGAACCGAAACUUCCAGUCAAAUUAGCAGGGCCCCUGCACAAGAUCAUCAUAACAACAAACCUUCACCCAGUUGCGAUUGUGCUCAUGGUUAAGGAAAAUCCUUUACUGGCAGAUGUUGAGGCAUUGCGCAAAUGCUAUAAAGUGUUGGAUCUUAUCAUUGAAAAGUGUAUGAAACAGAGGGAAAUCAAUGAAGUGCUGGCAAUGAAGAUGCACUACCUCAGCUACAUCUUCCAGAAGUGUAUCAGUUUCUUAAAGGAGCAUGAAAAUAAACUUGACGGGCUUGUUAAAAGCUUAUUAAAAGGACGCGAUACAGAUGGUUUUCCGUAUUACCAAGAAAAAUUUAUCAGAGAAUGCAUCCGAAAGUUCCCAUGGUGCGAAGCUACACUUUUGCAGCAGCUUGUCAGAACUAUUGCUCCUGUUGAAAUAGGCAAUGAUCCAACAGCUUUAUCUGUAUUGACCCAGACCAUAACUGGCCAAGUUGGCUUCAUGGAUGCUGAAUUUUGUACUGCUUGUGGGGAAAAAGAGGCUGAUAAAAGGUGCUCAAUCUGUAAAACGGUGAUAUAUUGCAACCAAAACUGUCAGAAGAUGCACUGGUUCACUCAUAAAAAGGUGUGUAGAAAACUAAAAGAGUCGAGAGAGAAACAUGAAGCCAAAGAAAAAUCAAAGCAGAAAGAAGGAAAACAAAACACUUCUGAAACCAGUAUAAGUGAAGCUGAAAUUGUCCCAGAACCUACAGAGUACUCUAGUACCAUACACCCAACCUCCAAAGAUGGUUCAGAUGCUGGGGAUAUUAGUACAGAGAUGAUAUCGGAAGCUGAAACUCCACAGGAAGAUCUCACCACAGAAAAACAGUCCAAUCCUCCUGCUCCGACAUGCACAGCUGAAGAAUAAAGUAGAUGUAAUAUAGUUCUGACGUUCCUUCAGUUUUUAAGAGUGUAUGAACCAUAAUCCAACUUACAUGAAGCAACAAAGUAAUUGCUCCUGCCGUGCAGUGAAAUCAGAAGGACUGCAUUCUGUUGAUUGUGCACUAAGUAGUUUCUUGCUUUGAUUAUGCCUCCUCGCCUGCACCAAAGUAACAUAGUGGGAGGAAGCAAAGCAACCAUAAGAAAUAGAAACAGGAAUAGGCUGUUUGGUCCCUCAAGCCUGCUCUUCCGUUCAUUGCUGAUCUAACACUCAUGUCCACUUCCCUAUGUUUCUCUGUAACACUUUAUUCCCCUGCUGAUCAACAAUCUAUUUAUGCAGCCAUAAUAUACACAAGGAAACUAUAAAGAGUUCAGUAGGAUUUGUUUUACUCUCUGCUUUAUCUGUUAAUUGCAACUAGAAAAGGUGGGCCAUUCCCUGCUAAAGAUAUCUAAAUGGUUGGACCAUAAAAUUCAUUAGAUCAAUCCACAUAAAUUUGCCAAAAUAAUUCAAAAUAUACAUCUUAAGAUUUGGGGAAAAUAAUGAGGUAUGAUUUGCUUUACUAUGAUUACACAGAUAAGAUCAAAAUAAAUCAAACUACCUUCACCUUAAAAAAUUUAACAUUCCCAAGGAAUGCCAGUCUAAGGGAAAAUAAUAGUUAAGCAGCUUUGCUCUAUUGUGAAUAUGGUUUGCAUUAGAUUGUAUUUUUGUGAAAAAUAACCUUUUUUCAUUUCUAAUGUAUACUUAACAUCAACACAGAUUUUGGGACUAAGUUCAAAUGGAUGCAAACACAUGUUAACAGUAAAUUUGAUUGUUGUUAUUUGCUUCUUUCACACUAACGUUCCACCCUUCCCUCCUCCUCACCAAUUAAGCCCAAAAAUAAAACUACCACCUUAACUGAUAAAUCACCUAUGGUUGUAUUAAGGAUAUAAACUUGUUUUCUACCCCCCACAACUGGUAAAUCACCUCCGUCCAAAGCCUGCAGCUAGAAAUUGUGUUUCUGCAAUAAUUGAAUCACAUAUUUAAUAUGACCAAAUUAAAUAUGUUUAUCCAUAAAACAAUUUACACACCUUAUUAUUAAAUUAACUAUAACUGGAACAAUUAAGUUUUCAAAAAAUGACAAAAUCGAUUAACGUUUGCUAAGAGGGAGCAUGGUAUAAUUUCACAUCUACCAGGAUACAUGAUGUAGGGAUAUAUUGCUCAAACUUACUUUUCCACUACAGGAGGAUGUUGACUCCAAAAAAGAAAAUAGAUUCCUUAAUUUUUAAAUAGAAGUGUCAUCACUUGAGAUGAACACCUCUAAAAGUUCUCUUUGGCCUUACCUUGAAUUGAAGCAUGACAAAACUGUCCAAAAAUGCAUAAGUUUCAAUUACUUCCUUGUAGGUAAUACCCAAAUAAAAGUAAUACUUUGUUAAUGUUUUCCUGAUCGCACUGUGACAUUCGAGGACCAGGUAAACAGAAGUGGUGUAAUGCAGAAAGUUAUUUUUUUGCCAUAUAAUUUACCACGCAUUGUGGUUUUAUUUCUAUGUUUGGCAUUUUCAAAAUAAUCUUUGCUGCAUUAACUCCAGAAUUAUAAAUACCAUUUCAGGGUAGAAUGCCUAUGACUGUCCUGUUGCUUGAAGAAUUUAAAUAUACUGUGAUCGGAUUUAAAAUGUAUCCUAAACUCUACCUGAACAUUUACUUAUUGUUAACACCACACUAGUGCUUCUUGCAAGCAAGGCAAAUUGAAUGUACUGUAUUUGUGAUUUAGCCUUCCAAACAUGUACUGGUGGUGUAAUUUGUAUAUUUUGUGUUUCACAUUAGGAUAGCUUGCAGAAGUCUGUGCUCUUGGUUUGUUACAACAUCUGUAAUAUUUGACUUGUCAUUUAAAAUUUCUUUUGCAACUGUGUGUUGAAAUAUGUUAGUGUUAUUUUCAUGGGAGAUAGUCAAACAAGAUGAGAAACCUAAUGAUGUUGCAAUUUUUUUGUGGAUUUUUUUUUUGCAAUUUGACUGCCUAUCUUGAAUUUUAAACUUUGCGGCCUUGUUAUGGUUCAAGUUUCUCCUAAAAUGUAUUAAUUUGUUUCAGUUGACCAAAUAUAUAUAUAUAUAUAUUUUUAGUUUUGUGCACUAAGUUUCAAUUGUAUCAGUGCUAGAAAAUGCCGUUGAGAACAAAUGAAUGUGUUUUGUUUUCUAAAAAAUAAAAGUUUUGAUGUAAAUCAUA